GUAAGCAGAGGCAAGAUUCAGGUGGCCAACCAUCACCAACCUAUUUUCAAAAAUGAAACCAUUCGCAGUCGCCUAUUUUCGUGCUACUUAACUAGAAAGCGUGGCCUAGCUGUGAAUGAAAGAGAGAUGAACACACUUAGGACUUUGGGGAUUGUUUUGUGCAAGCCCCUGAACAGACAAUUUCCGACAUCUUAUACUCCAAUAUCACAUCGAGUAGCAUAUCGGGCAGCUUUAAGCCACGAGCUGAGGAAAUAUCUCGCAGUUAAACCCAAAUCCCGUCCGAAAAAUCUCAAUUUCCGGUGUUCUAUUCCCUCGCGCAGCCAAGCAGCAAAUAUGACCACUCGGUCGCGUGGUCGGGUCCCUAUUGAAACCCAACGUGUCGACGCUCCCCUCACCCAGACUGCUACCUUCUUGGUAGUUACCAUUAAUAACACGCUGGAAGCUGUUGGUGUGGUGCGCUCGGUUCUAUCUAACAUCGAUGGACUAGCUAAAAAUGUCUCUAUUCGAGACCUAAGCGCCGCAUUUGCCUGUACAGUGGGCAUUGGCAGCGAAGCGUGGGACUCGUUGACCCAAUUACCCCGGCCAACAGAGCUCCAUCCAUUUCCUACUAUACAUGGGAAGAAACAUACCGCCGUCUCAACACCUGGGGACUUGUUAUUCCAUAUCCGCUCGGAGCGACGGGAUUUAUGUUUCGAAUUCGAACGACAACUACUGGAUGCCCUUGGCGAUGCCGUUACUGUCGUGGACGAGACGAUUGGCUUUCGUUAUUUCGAUGUCCGCGAUCUCCUCGGAUUUGUAGACGGCACGGCAAACCCUGUGGGAUCGGCCGUCCCGGCUUCUAUCCUUGUGAGUGAAGAGGACGCAUCUAGUGCAGGUGGGAGUUAUAUUGUGGUCCAGAAGUAUUUGCAUGACGUGAAAGCGUGGAACGCCCUCCCUACUGAGCAGCAGGAGAGCAUUAUUGGGCGGAAGAAGCUAGAUAACAUCGAGCUAGAUGACGCCGCAGCAGGUCAGCAACAGUCGCACAAGUCACUAGCCACUGUUGAAGACGAAAGCGGUAAUGAGCACGAUAUCCUCCGGGAUAAUAUGCCAUUUGGGUCUCCUGGCUCAAAAGAAUUUGGAACAUACUUUAUUGGAUACUCAAGGAAUCUAUGGGUUAUUGAACGGAUGUUACAGCGUAUGUUUAUUGGUGAUCCGCCUGGUUUACAUGAUAGGCUACUUGAGUUCUCUACUCCUCUAACAGGCACCACAUUCUUUGCGCCAUCCUCUGAUUUCUUAAAAAGGCUGGACGGCGAGAGAAACUAGUUUCUGACACAAUUAUGAUUGACGUCGUUUCUAUAGCCACUCUUGGCUUCAAUGUACGUAGCGAUUUAACCGUACGUAACACGUAUUGGGUGAAAAUAGACAUUUAUCAGAAUUGCCUAGUCAAUAGGACACCCUUUUGAUAAUAUUUUCCUGUCAUAUAUGUUAGGUACCUCCUAAGACUUCAUAUCCUGAAUUAAU